AUGUCUGUCAUGGAAGACGAUCAUCUAUCCGAAGUCGCCGAGCUGUUAUGCAUCAGCAAGCCUGGCCGAGGAAAGUACAGAUGCCUGGCUAAGAUGCAGACGAAGAAAACCCGCUGCACCAACCAGAUCGCCGUCCAGUCGCAACAAGAAGCAUGCACCAUCCUUCCCAAGAUCCGCCGGGCCAUGUACCUCAAGCCCGAGGAGCUGCAAGGAGACCUAAGAAGACUUGCCAAAAUCCUCAUCUGCCAUUGCCGCAGCCACCAGCAGCAAGCCUCUCAGAUCACAGAUCGCUGGUACAAAAUCCUGGUGUGCCGUCCAAACCAAAAAAAGUGCUCGCGCUGUUCGCACAAGUUUAUCGACAACUCCUACGACCUCUGGCAAUGGCCACCGGAGCCGUGGAGGACGCUCAUUGCGCUAGCGGUGUAUGGAAGCAUCUUUGCUGUCGCAAGCUGGGGGUUGAUCAUUGGGAUUGUUGGAGGGUUUGCAUUACUCUGGGCUUUGGCUGGGAGGCGGAGGGUUGGCCCGAAGAAGCAGUUCCUUGGGCAGGACGAUCUUGAAUGCUGUGUGCGCGCCGACAGACCGCACGAAUGGUCUCGACCGUGGAGCGCAUAA